AGGCAGUGUCAGUGUCAGUCCGGUCGUUUUAAAAAAUAACUUGCAAAAGUUUUUCUCUUGUAAAGUUAUACUUUCAGUGAAUAUAUUUACCAGAAUUUACAAAGCUCCGUCUAAAUACCGAUCAAUAACUAAUUUAAAAUUCCAGUUUAAAAACUAUAAACUCUGUGAUUGUGAAACUUCAUAGAUGGCGUAAAGAUUCCAGCCUGAACUGUUAUUGAUUUUGUAUAUAAACACAAUUUACUAAAUUAGAUUUACAAAUUGACCAUUGUUUGUCCGUAAAUAUUAUUACCUGAAUGAAAUAAGCAUUUUAUUUGCAAAGGUAACUCAUUAAUUUACCAAAACCAUGGCGGAAGAACUAAGAAAACGGAACAUUGGAGGUGAAGAUUCUGCUGAAUCGAAACUGGUUCGGGCAGAAUCAAAUAGCAGUACCGAGAAUCUUAUGGCAAAUUUAAGAGACAGUGAAAUUGACAGCGAGGACGACAAAAAUGGCCGCAAGGCCAGCAUCGACCUAUCAGGAAACAUACCCACAGGCACUGAUAAAGCUCCGUUUCUGUUAGAGAUGCUGGUACAAGAUUUACCAGACAAAUGGCGUAAUUGGGUAGUCAGAGGUGUUUUCAGUUUCUUGAUGCUCUCCUUCUUCUUCGUUGUCAUAUACGGAGGACCUUUAGCUUUGAUGAUCACGACUUUGGUUGUGCAAGUGAAAUGCUUUCAAGAAAUCAUCAAUAUCGGGUACACGGUGUACCGCAUCCACGGUCUUCCAUGGUUCAGAACCUUGUCAUGGUAUUUUCUGGUCACUUCCAAUUACUUCUUCUACGGAGAGAGCUUGGUGGAGUAUUUUGGAGUAGUUAUUAACAGAACGGAUUUCCUGCGGGUACUAGUGACCUACCACCGCUUCAUCUCCUUCUGCCUCUACUGCGGUGGAUUCGUCCUCUUCGUUCUGAGCCUCGUCAAAAAAUACUACAUGAAACAAUUCUCUCUCUUCGCUUGGACACACGUAGCCCUCUUGAUCGUGGUGACACAGUCCUAUUUGAUCAUCCAGAAUAUCUUCGAAGGUUUGAUAUGGUUCAUAGUGCCGGUCUCUAUGAUCAUCUGCAACGACAUCAUGGCUUACGUCUUCGGAUUCUUCUUCGGAAAGACGCCACUCAUCAAGUUGUCGCCUAAGAAGACUUGGGAAGGGUUCAUUGGUGGUGGAAUAUCGACUGUUGCUUUUGGCGUGAUGAUUUCCUGGGUAAUGUGCCAGUACCCAUAUUUCGUUUGCCCGAUUGAGUACAGUGAAUCAUUGGGAAGAAUGACCAUGGACUGUGAACCCAGCAGUUUGUUUAGACCGACCAACUACAAAUUGCCUGACUUUUUGACAGCGUUUGGUUUAUGGGAUACCGUAUCUUUGUAUCCAUUUAUGCUACAUUCCUUGUCGCUAUCUGUCUUCAGUAGUGUGAUAGGGCCAUUUGGAGGAUUCUUCGCAUCUGGAUUUAAAAGGGCGUUUAAGAUUAAGGACUUCGGUGACGUCAUACCUGGUCACGGUGGUAUAAUGGACCGGUUCGAUUGUCAGUUCCUAAUGGCCACGUUCGUCAACGUGUACAUCAGCAGUUUCAUUCAAAGAGACAGUCCGCAGAAGUUGCUCACGCAGGUGUUGUACCUGAAGCCGGAACAGCAGCUCCAGCUCUUCCACAUGCUGAAGGAAAGUCUAGAAUCGCGGAAUAUAUUAGUACAGGACCUUUGAAUUAGUGAUGUGUGCUCUGACGUCAACUAAAAGCGGUUUAGAUUGAACGCCUGGACCGAUUUUAGAAACGUAAAUGACAGAGAUUGUAAUUUUAUUAAAUUUUAAAUAUGUAUUUAUUUAUUUGUGCCAUUUAAUGUGUUAGUUUAUAUGAAUUAGUUUAUGAAUUUCUACAUUAUUUAUUUUUUGUUGGAAUAUUUCUAAUUUUAUUUAUUGAUCUCGAAGAUCUAGAUUCAGUUCUUUACUUUAACAAAAAGCUCGCCGUAUAUCGAUAGCUAUACGAGUUUUACUACAAAAAAUGAGUGUAUGUCAUCGAUCAGCUGUUUAAUUUCAUGGCGCGGUAGUGCAGUGUUGCCAAAUUGUUUAAAUUAUCCAAAUAACAAUAUAAAUAAAUCUAUUGUUGCGGAAAAUUCUAAAAAGCUCAAUGCAUUUGUAGAAACAUAUGCACCUUAAACUGCACACAAAUAAUUGCUGUUCUAUGUGAAUUAAAUUAAAAUUCAUCAAAAUAUUAUAAUCAACUAGUGAAAAGUCUGGACUAUAUGGAGGAUGUUCAACGGUAAUCCAGUGUCUUUUCGGUAUUGGUCGAUAUUGUAAUGCAGUAGCAACACUUGUUGUAUAUUGCUGCCAACAAACUAAGAGAGACAUUAAUAUUCAGCUCAGUGGGGUACUAUUGAUGGAAAUGUGUAUUUAAAUAAACAAAAGAUCAUUCCAUAAAGCAGGUAGAUCUCUUAGUUUGCUGGCAGCUCUUUAGGGGAUUACUCCGUCCUUUGAACCGAUAAUUGACGCAAACAGCGACUUUACAAUCCAAAGACACUGUAGCCAAAAGUUUCUUCCAAGCUUAUGAGUUUUACAUUACCAUUCUAGUUGUUCCUCAUUGCUUCUCUCCUUAGUUGUUCUUUUGUAUUAAGUUAUAUGGGGAAUACUCAUGGAAGACUUAGGACCAACGCAACGGGAGGAUGGUCAAAGAUAAUCCAAUGUGUUUUCGGUUCCAGACACACUGUGACCAAAAGUUUACUUUUAACAUCAAAGUUUUCUCAUCUCCUGAGCUGUUCUUUUGUAUCUCAGUAUAUGUGAGGUACUCAUCGAAGAGAAUGAUCAUUCUGUAGGAUGUUUACUGUCAAUCCAAUGCAUUUUUGGUUUCAAACACACUUGAGCAACGGUUUACUUUCAAACUAACCAAUUUUUGCUUUACACUCAAGUUUUCUUCUCUCCUUAGUUAUUGUAUUUUAUUAUACUGGAGGUACUGUAAGUCUUAAAAUUACCCUCUUUACAGUAAAAUAUUGUUCCACUUUUGCUGAGGGUGCUUGUUUGUGGACGGCGUUUCAAUUUCAUUGGCAUCUUCCAUCUUGGAAACUGUUGAUCCUUUUGAUGGCCACAUUUACUCCGAAAAGAAUUUUGUAACCGUACCGUAGAUACAGAAACUUCUUAAAGAACAAUUGAUGUCCGCAGCUGCACUAAAGAUAGUUGUUGCAUUUUGUAAGUAAAGAACUGGAUCAAAACACGAAUUAGUUAGAUAUAUAUGACUAUUAUAUCGCUACACCUGUAACUGUAGAUACAAAAUCCAGAGGGACCUUAGAUUAAUGUUUUUAUAGAUGUUGCCUUUUACUUCGCUGUGUUAUAAACAUGUUCCCCUUCACAACUUUACAAAAAUGCUUACAAUUACGAGAGUCAUUCUUAAAAAAGUUCCUUAUGUCGCUGAGAAAGAGAAAUCUGGCAACACUGCCUUACACAUCAACUCUCCCUCUCUCUUACCCCACCACUUUCGCCUCGCUGUAUUGCUCAGUGUCGGCCUAGCAGCCUUGGAAGAUGGAGGUGCCGGUCACUGUUAACGCCAAUGUGAAAUUCAUGCUGUGGUACGUUUUUUAAAUACAAAAUAAAUUUUACCUAUUGACAUUCAUCUCAGUUAAUAGCUAAUAGUGCAUAUCUGAUCAAAAUGUUAGCAAAUUGGGUGGAUAAUUAAGUAAAGGCCGAACGGAAAUUCACGAUGAAUUUGAAGACCUGAAGGCCUAUCAUCAUUGUGAAUUUUCGUUCGGCCUUCACUGAUUUUUUCACCAUUUGCGAACAAGUUGAACAGGUAUGCACUUUUACCCAUAAACUUCGAUUAAAUAAUGCCAAUAGGUGAAAUCCAUUUUGUAUUUAAAAAACGUAUCACAGCAUGAAAUUUCACAUUGGCGUUAACAGUGACCGGCACCUGCAUCUUCCAAGGCUGCUAGGCCGACACUGACCAAGGCGGCGAGGCGAAACUGGUUGGUAAGAGAGAGGGAGAGUUGAUGUGUAAGGCAGUGUUAUUCUAUUUCUCAUGAUCAUCUUUCAGUGCGUCACAGUUUUUCGAUUUCUUUCUAACGUAUUAAAUUGUAUAUGACAGAAAAAAAGGCACGUCGUUGAUUACUUUGGUAAUUAUUCUAGUUCGGUGAUUAUUCUAGUUGUCGAUAGAUGGCGCCAUAAUAAAAAAAUAUUUUUUUUUAAAUUAGAUGAUAAUAUUACAAAUAUAAUCUGUAUAAUUUAUAAGACUAUACAAAUCAAAGAAAAUACCAUUUUAUAAAUGCAAGAAACGCAUUUGAUUUGUUUUUAUUCCAAAUUAAAAAUAAAAUGUGACAACUGUCAGAUUUAACUAAAAUGUCAUGUUAGAAUAAAUGUCAUAAAUGUGUAUUAUCACGGACUUACCCUUUUUCCUAUCAUUUGUUACGCACUGAAAAAUGAUCAUGAAAAGGACAAUACCAGAUUUCUUCUAGCUCGGCGGAAUAGGGCACCUUUUUAUACGAAUAACCUUCGUACAAAUCCCGUCUCGAUUUAUAUAUGUAGACUUAAUACCAGUGAUCUUGCGAUUUUUGAAAGAAGCAGAAAGCUCUGUUUAGGUUUAACUCACUUACUUGAAGAAAUACCUAAAGUCUUGUUUAAUAUUACUUUUUUUAAGGCGUUAAAGGACGAAUUCAAAAUACUGGAUAUGAAAAUUCUUAAGGCUCUAAUAAAUGCUGUAGGUUACGUACAGCGUCAAGUCAGACGUUGUAUACAGCCCUUGUCAGUCACCGGCAGCUUCACGUAGUCAAUACAAAGCAUAGGCCAUGAUUAUUAAUAAACACCGUAGUUCGCGUCCAGAGUCAGCUGUGGUCACCAAUAAAUGCCGUAGGUUGGGUACAGCGUUUGUCGAUCGCCGACAACAACAUUCUGAUCGUUUUCGUUAUCAGUGAAGUGAGAUAUUUCAAGUUGUUAAUAAGCAACUCGUUUUGUUCUUUUUUACUACUUGUUUUACUCGUUUCGCUAGGUAUAAACCUGUACCAGCCGUACGUUGCAUUGCUCGAAAAUAACUAAAGACGCUGCUUCCAACAUUUGAAGUCCCUCAUAGCAGAUAGAGACUGCGUUCUAUAUCCAAUAGAGACCGUAUCCAUUAUUUAUUGUAUAAAGCAUACAUACGCAUCUACUGCGUGACAGUGUAGGCAACGUGCGGCGUUUAUAGGUGAUCACCGCGUGUGAAGCCGUGUACAGCAGUUUGAUGCUACGUUCGCAGUACGAUCUUCUUGCAGUACCGUCUCCUAUCGGAGGUUGGCUACCAUCACAGCAAUCGUAACUUUGUUGGCUGCAGCUCUGAACAACUGUAUUGAACUGCACCCAUACCACUCCCUUAAAUUUCGCAACCAGGAAAUCCUCCUACGUCCCACAUUUCUCUUUCCCGAGAUUUUUCCUUGGAUUAUGAGUCUUAGCAGAGAGUACUUUUCUCCUCAUUAUGUGGCCUAGAUAUUCCAGUUUUUUCGUUUGUAUGGUUUUUAUGACUUCGCAUUCCUUCCCCAUCUUCAGCAAAACAUCUUGAUUUGUUACUCUUUCUGUCCAUGGUAUUUUCCACAUUCUCCUGUAACACCACAUCUCGAAUGCCUCAAUGUUUUUGAUGUUUAUAUUUUUCAGUGUCCAAGUUUCCAUGCCGUACAGCAGAACGGAGAAAACAUAGCACCUUAACAUUCUCGUUCUUAAGUUUAUAUUUAUUUCCCGGUUGCAUAGGAACUUUUUCAUUUUGACAAACGAUUGUCUCGCUAUCUCUAUUCGCCUCUUAAUUUCUCUUGUCUGGUCAUUAGUAUCAGUGAAGCAAACCUCUAAAUAUUUGUAGGACGUAACUCUUUCAACUGGCUAAGUAUGUAUGGUUAAAUUCACAUUGGUGUAUAGCUUCUUUGUUGCAAUCAUGAAUUUAGUCUUUUUGAUGUUCAGUUUUAGACCAUACUUAUUGGUAUCAGUGUUUAUGUUUUCCAUCAAAUACUGUAAAUUUGCUAGGUUAUCUGUUACUAUUAGCGUGUCAUCAGCGUAUCGUAUAUUGUUAAUUAACUCUCCGUUAAUGUUUAUACCAAUGUUUUGCUCUAGGAGCGCUUCCUGACAUAUUGUUUCGCUAUAUAUAUAUAUUGAAUAGUACUGGAGAAAGCACACAACCCUGACGCACACCUCGACGAAUCUCAAUUUCUUCGGUUAACUCAUUAUCAACCUUGAUUUUUGCUGUUUGCCCCCAGUACAACCUGGAUAUGAUGUUAAUGUCGCGACUGUCGAUGUUUUUGCUUCUUAGGAUUUCAUACAGCUUUUGGUGUCUGACUUUAUCGAAGGCCUUCUCAAAAUCUAUGAAACCUACGUAGAGGUGUUGGUUUACAUCCAAACAUCUUUGCAUUAACACACUCAGACCAAAUAAAGCUUCCCGUGUUCCCAGUCCACUUCUGAAUCCAAACUGUGUGGCGCUUAUGUCCUCUUCUAAUUUAUUAAAUAGUCUUUUGUGAAUUAUUUUUAAAAAUAUUUUUAGUGUGUGGCUCAUCAAUGCUAUAGUUCUGUGGUCUGAACACUCUCUGGCGUUAUUCGUCUUCGGGAUUCUGGCAAAAGUAGAGGAGAGCCAUUUCUUUGGUAUGAUGCCUGUCCUAUAAAUGGUGUUAAAGAGGUUCACCACUAUUUCAAGUGUGUCGUCGUCUAUAAGUUUCAACAAUUCUACAGGAAUUUCAUCUGGUCCUGCAGCUUUACCCCCUUUAGUGUUCCUUAUAGCAUAUUCUAUCUGCUAUAGCACUGCUAUUUCUGGUCUUUCGUCUGCAAAAAGUUCUCCAAUGUAUUCUAUCCAUCUUGCCAGUUUUUCAUUUAAAUCUUUAAUUAUUUUACCUUUUUUGUCUUUUACACGAUGGAUGCUUGUUUCACUUUUUACCUGUUAUUUCCUUGAUUUUUUUAUGCAUGUUAAAGCUAUCGUACUUUCUUUCAUAUUCUUAUAUUUCCUUGCAGUUUUCCAGAACCCACUUCUCUUUGGCUUCUCUAAUUUUUCUCUUAAUCUCACGGUUCACUUCUUUGUAUUUUGUCUUGUUGGUUUUAUUUCUUCGCCUUUCCUCCACGAGGUACAAAAUUUCGUUUGUCCUCCAUUCCUUUUUCUUAAUUUUGCUUGGAGCUAAGGAGCCUUCACCAGCUGUCAUAAGGGCCUUUUCUAUCUACAUCCAUUUGUCAUCUACAUUGCAUGUGUUCCUAUUUUUUGCAGCGAGGUACGAUAUCAGUACGAUAACAGACCGAAACUAUUAUUUAUUGUAUUAAGCAUACAGACGCGACCUACAGCGUGACUCUGUAUGCAACCUACGGCAUUUAUUGGAUCCAGCGCCUAAAAUAUUUUUUACCUUUCUCAGUCAGAGUUCCCUAUGUGAUUCAAUAAUUCGUUCAUGCUACAACAUGCUAGCUUCCAUAUUUCGAAUGGAUUUUCUUCAACACUUACACGUACUGAAAACAGAGUUACGCCAUCUGGUGAAGACUUUGCUUUAUCGGACAGUAAAGACUGAGAAUCUUUCCCUGCCCAUAUUUGCGGGGGAAUUAAGAAAGAGCUUCAGAAAAAUGCUCUAAUAAAUGUAAAAGAAGACGUAGAAUACAAAAAAUCAGGGUACUUUAUUUUGUCAGGUUGAAUUUUACGCUUUUAUUUUCCAAAACAUAGUUCCUCUGUCUAUCUAUUCGAAUGUACAGACUAUAGAUUAGUAAUAGGCCCGGAUUCCGUGUACCAAAAAAAAGUUGAUUAAUAGCAAACUGAAAAUUUGUUAAUAGUUUAACGAUGUCUAGUCGGACAAACUUGGAUGUAUGGGAACACUGGAACAGGGGAAGUUUUAAUUGUUGGGGAGACUUCAAAUUUUGGAAGCAGCUUGCUAUUAACAAACUUUUUUUUGGUACGCGGGAUACAGGCCUAUAAUUUUAAGUAUAUCUUCAUUGUUGAUGUUCACUAAUGUUGCUCAUUAUUUUAGUUUAGGUCAAAAUGUUUUGUUUAUACUGUAGAGUUAACUAGAAACGUGUGUUCUGUAACUUUGCUUGCAUUUUUUUACGGGAAAGUACUGUUUACGGUAUUUGUUUAAAGGUAAUAAGAUAUUAUUUUUAUUUUGAAGUCUUGGAUCCAAUCUUGAAACGCUUUUUUUACGAAAAAAAUAUUUGCAGAAUGGUACUUUAAAUUUACGCAAUAUUAAUGUUUUUUUUUGCUUUUGGAAAGCAUAUUAUGAUAUAGACAUUGUUCUACUAUCCAUAGGAGGUCACUUUUAUUAUGAUGUUGCAUAGUUUUUGAUACUAUGCAAUGUAUUGAUGAAAUAUUGACUAAUAAUCGAGAUUGAGCUGAAAUUGGGCAAUAAUCUUCUCACAAUAUUGCAUAGUAAUUGAUAUUGUGCAAAAUAACUAACUUUGUUGGACAUUAAUCGAUAUUUUGCAAUAUUAGAAUAAAUAUACUACACAAACAAUAAUUUUGUUAAGGGGAUGGGCACGUAGUUUCUGCUCCAAUGCUAUUCAAAUGGGAUUCAUUUUUUUCGAAUCCUGAGAAAACUAAUAAGUAUUUUUGAAAAAUUUAAACGCAGAAUGAAAGAUUACGUUAUUAGCGAGGGCUGAAAGUCCCUGAGAACUUCUAUAAUGUUUAUUUUAAUAAGUUACAGGGAUGAAAAACUAAGAGAAACUUUAGUGUGAUUUUUAAUAUCAAAUAUCUCAUUCAAUAUAAACUUUUUAUUUAUUUUAAGGGGCUUUCUUCGGCCCUCGGUAAUAAUAAUUUAGUCUUUCAUUCUGCGUUUAAAUUUUUCAAAAAUAUUUAAUGUUUUUUUCAGGAUUCGAAAAAAAUGAACACAAUGUCCGUGGUAAUAUUUUCCAAAUCUAUCUUUGUCAUACAACGCACUCAGUCGAAUAGAAUAUUGUCAGCAUGUUGUCAGUCAGACAGUGACAAUCAGUGACAAUUUUAAAUAUUUGACAUGGCAUCGGGAAUAUUUUGAGUUGUUGAUUAAGUAAUAUUGAUAGUGUGUUUGAUAAAUUGAUUUAAGACGUGAACCUAAUAAAAAGUUAUUUAUUGUUUAUUAUUUAUGGAAGAUCCAAAGCAGUGAAUACACCAGGAUAUAUUCAGUGAUCCAAGUAUUUUGUUGUUAAAGAUGAUCAAAAUUGUAAGCGUUUCAUAGUAACAAUAUAUUAUUAAAAAAUCACUUUAUCACUUUUCCUCUUUUCUCGAUUGAUUAUUAGUUUUUGUUGUACACAGUAGAUAAAUUAUUACAAUCACUGAAUACAUAGUUAGUGAAAAAAAUUAUCAUAUUAAUUAACUGAAUUAAUAAUUAAGGCAAUUAAUUAUACAAGUAACAGUUAUCCAAGAACAUUCAAAAGCCAUCUUUAAAGUUAAUGAUGACAUUGUCAAGUAAAGUUUACAUAUCCAUACCAGUGAGAAUUUUACUACACGUAAUUUGCCGGGUAAAGACAGAAAAAGUGGGGAUAGCCGUAAAAUAUUUGCGAAUUAUGUACCGAUGGCCUUAAUGUUCAAUUUUAACAUAGUUUUGUGUUUGGAAUGUUCAGAAAGGAUAUAGACGACAAAUUUCUGAUGUUAGAGAGUAAAUGUAAUGAAUAUUUUGCACAAUUUUUGAUUUUGUGCAAUACUGUCUCAAUUUAUUGUUUAAUAUUUGGAAUUUGCAAUAUUAUCAUCACUACUUUGCAUAUUAAUUCAUAUUGUGUAUUAUAACUAACAUUCAUUGCAGAGCAAUGGAUGUUUUGUAAUAUUGGACUCAAUAUACCACAUAAAAAAUUGUUAACAUGCAAUUUUAACAUAUUUCUGUGUUUGAAAGGUCUGUAAAGGACAUAGAUAAUGUUCUGCUGCGCUUAGACUGUAAAUUUAAUCAAUAUAUGGCACAAUGUGCCACAUAAUGCAGCAUGAUAUCAAUUGUAAUGUAUAAUAUUGACAUUUGUCAAUAUUAUUAUUACUAAAUUACCUAUUAAUUGAUACUGGGCGUUAUAAUUAUCAUUUUAUUGCAGAAAAAUUGAAAUUUUGCAAUAUUAGCAUCAGUGUAUCACACAUAAAUUGUAUUAAUGAUAGGCUAUUUAUCUUAAAAAAUUAUUGCACAAUUUUGGACAUUGUGCAAUAUUAUCUUCACUAUAUUAUACAGUAACUGAUGUUUUGCAGUAUAUCACCAAUAUAUCACAUAAUAGUUGUUAUUAUGUAACAUUAAUAUGUUUUUUGUGUUUGAAAGGAUCAUUAAAGGUAUAUACAUUGUCCUAACGUCGAUAGAUGGUUAAUCUUAUUAAUAUAUUGAUCUAUAUUAUUCUUAGUAUAUUAGUAAUGAAAUUAAGCACUGUAUAACAUAGUAAUUUAUUGUGUGCGAAAUCUUUAUCACUAUGUUGCCCAGUAACUUUUAUUGUGCAGUAUUAUAUUCACUAUAUUGCACAAUAACAAAUACUCGUAUUGUGCAAUAAAUAUGAGUCUCCGUGUUGGUUGACCAGUCAAAUUAUUGUUUAUAUGUCUUAACAAUGUUUUGAAAAAAGCGUUUGAGGUUGGAUUCAAGACUUCCAUGUAUAUUUUAGGUGGAUGUGCAAUCUAAAGUUGGUUGAGGGGAUAGGGUGUAUACUAGAUUAUAUUCAGAAACACCUGGGGAUAUUUUUUUCUCUACGUAUUGAAAUUAUAAAAUGGCAUCAAACAGUAACAUCUACACAGGGCCAUAAAAAUAUAAUCAACAAUAAAUUGGUACUCAAAAGUGGUGUAAUGAUAUUGAGAGGAUAGGAUGGUGUAGAUUAUAAUAUAAAAAGAAAGAAGAAAAGCUUUAAAAAUUUCUGGAAACGAUGUAUUAUUUCAAUACAUUUGUAGUGUCAAGUCUUUACUUCUUAACGUUGUAACAGUAGUGCUGCUGGAUCACGCAUCUUACGUGUCACCGAUUCGUACGCACGCACUCCCACCUUACUUCCCACUACCAUCGACAAGUGUUAAGGGAUGGUUCACCGGCAAUGAUAUAAAAACAGCUUAGCCACAAUCCACUUUAGCUGAACUCUCCUUCUGUUGUGGCGAAGCUCCUUUUAUAUCGUUCCGGUAAUUUAUUACCAGCGCGCGUCGAAUGGAAGUGGUAGUUAGUGGGAGCGCGUAUAUACGCAACACUGGCGACUCGGAUGUGCGAGCCAGAGGCGCUAUCCUUACAACUUUUACUAGAUAUUCACAAAAAAAUAUUCUCCAGAUGUUUCUCUGUUGUAACGACGUUGUGAUAUACUUAUAUUUGGAGUAUUAUUUAAUUUCCUACUUAAAUUACCUCUUUCAAAUAAAAAAUAUAUUUUUUUCCUUUAUUUAUUACUUACUUUACAUGUUUUGUUUUGUUUUGAGUUUUGUCUUCCAAAUUGUCAAUCAAUUGCUUAUCAUGGACUAAUUAUAUCGUAAGACUUUUGAUAAGUUUCACCUUUAUAUCCAUUUACGAAGCAAUACUUGAGUGUUUGGUAAGUUUUUGUGGUGCUACUUAAGUUUCUGCUAUAGCUUGCGGUCUACCGAGUGAUUCUCGAGAUUACCGAGAGUGUAACUCUGUAUUAUAUUACAGUGCCGGCAAAAAAAUCUCUACAAAGUGAACAAAACGCAUAAAUUGAAGAAUUAAUAUUUUAAUUGUACACAUUAAUACUUUGUCAUAUCAAUUUACUAUUUUAGUUGGGCAUAAGCCACAUGAUUGGCUUAUUCUGCACACUAUAACAGAUAUGCACGGGUAGACCGCAUACUGUAGUAGCACCGGUAAGUUUUUGUUACGCAUUCCUCGUCUUAACACGUAAAUUUUGUACACAGAUUAUCAGUCAUCAGUAACUAUUGGUUAAAAAUACUAUACUAAAAGCCACAGUUAGAAUGCAGUGUAGGCAGCAUAGAGCAAUGUAUUUCUUACGGGAGAACGGCCAACCACGUUGCCGGUUUUUCAUUAGGACCGGUGAUUUCUCAUUCUAUCGCCAAACUACUACGCACCUACCACUGUGCCGACAUGAGCGGCAUCGCGGCGCAUAGUAAGACCAACACUGUAUUCUAACUGUGGCUUCUACUUUAGGUGGAUGUUUUCACGAGAAAACUCCUAGGGUGGCUGAUAAUCUAGGUAGUAAUAGUGCCAUAUGGGAUACUUCUAGUCAUACAGUGAGUCAACAGACAUAUUUUAUGUCAGUUUGCUAAUCGACCUACGAUGUAGUGGAAGAAAAGUUUACAGUUUUUGUCGUGGAUCUUUAUCAGUGCACUCAUCAUACAGUAUAUAACAUAACGUCUGUUUUAGCAGUAGCUACGUGCCUUGUAAUCGAAAUUAUAAAAUAUGUGGCUACUGACCCGACGGGCGAUUAGGAUGAUGCAUUUUUGCAUUUAUCUUCUUUUUCAAGUGCCAUCUAACCGACGGGGGUCAGCAAUCAUCUUAGCUAUUUAGAGACGGUUGCUUUGAAAAGUUCAUUUGAUGUACAUUCGUACCAUUCUCUCAGGUUGCACAGAAAUAUUCUACGUCUCCAUAUGCUUCUCUUUACUUGGAUCUCCCUGCAUAAUCAGUUGUAGCAAGUUAUAUCUCUCUCCACGUGUAAGAUUCCCGAGAUCCAAUUUCUUUGAUUGUAUUCGAGAUUUCUCGAAUACAACUCUUUGUUGGUUACCUGUCCUGUUCACGAUAUUUUCAGAAUACUUCUACCUAUAUACCCACAGAUUGAAUGAUUCAAAUUUUUUCAGCGAAGGGCCAUUCACGAUCCAAGCUUCCAUUCCAUAAAACAGCUAUAUACAAUAUAGCUAGAAAGUCCUCAGAAAGUGUGCUAUUUGGUUUAUAAACAAAUUAGCGCUCCGAAAUCUUUUUUUCAGUUAUUGCUCUGACUCGGAAGAUUUUAACGUUAAACCAAAAACACUCACAUAAAAAUUCACUGUAAUUUAAUUCUGCACAUAGAUAUUUUUUUCAAACAAAAUCUUUAAUUUUCAACUCAAAUUUUAGGGAAGUAAUUAUUUAUCAAUAAUUAAAUAACUUGGUGACAUAAAUCUUUUUUGGUAUGAGUGUCUUGAAGAUAUGAAAAUUUGUAUGUACAAAGAGGACCGGAAUAAAAAGGUAAUGGUCCAAAGAUUGAAAUCCUGUUGUUUAUAACUCUGUCGCAAAUGCCGGUCAAAUUUGACCGGUUAUACCUGGAACCACUCUUCACAAUUCAAUUUUUUUUUCUUCGAAAAGGGCACAGAAGCCGUGCCCUUUUAAACAGCGUUAACUUAAUUUAAUUUAAUCUAAUAUUUUCUGAGGGGUUCUAUUUGUUUAUAAGCCAAAAAAUUGUUUCUUUGUAACAUUCCUGAGACCGCUCAAAUAGUCCAAUUUCAAUUUUGUAAAGUACGUUGAAUAGGUAUAGUGAUUUUUUCUACGAAAAUCAUAGUUAUUCUGGUGUAGAAUAAUCUUUCUGGUUAUUAUUUCGACCGAAAUUUUUUAAUUAAGAUUUUAAUUAUUGCUAAACUAUUGGUUAGAUUGUCGCCGGCCUCCUGAUAUAAUAUAAUCUACUAUAAAAAAUCUUUCAUCUCAUCAAUUUAUUUAAUUAUUGACAAAUAAUUGCUUUCCUAAAAUUUUAAUUGAGAAUUGUAGAUUUUUUUAGGAAAGCUCUGAUUUUCCGAGUAUAAUUUUUGUUGAAGGAAAUCGGAAAAAAAAACUUUGUGCAGAACUAAAUUACGGUGAAUUUUUAUUUGAGUGUUUUUGGUUUCAAGGAAAAUUCUUAGGAGUUACAGAGCACUAAUUAAAAAAAAGAUUUAGGAGUGCUAAUUUGUUUAUAAAUAAAAUAACACACUUUCUGCAGACUUGUCAUACCCCAUAUUACUAAUAUAUGCAAUCUUAAGAUUCGAUUUUAGCAAUAAAAUAGCUGGUAAAUAACUUUUCCCAAAAUUAUCAACAAAUGUUGCGGUGGUUGCAUAGCCAAUAAAUCCAAUAAACAGGAGGACCAACCCAAAUUCUGAGCAGUGUCAAAAUGAUAACGUUAAUAUCCCCAGUUGUAACUAAUAUCAAAAUGAAUAAGAAUCGCUAUAAAUUGCGACCAUCAUGGCGGCGUCGAAAUUAAAUAGCGACCUCGAAAUGAAUUAGAAUCAGGGUCCUGAUUUUGAUUUCUAGGAAAUAAUAACCUGUGGAGUUAAUCAUUGUUCCAAGAUAUGCAUAUUGGUCUACUCGUUCGACAUUGGUUCCGUUUAUGAAGAGAUUUUCGUUAUUUUUUUGAGAUUUCGAUAUUCUCAUAAAUUUUCUAUUCUUGACGUUCGUUGCUAGACCGUAUUCUUGUCCAAACUCCGCUAUUCUGGUCACCAGUCUCUGAAGAUCCUUAAUAUUUUCGGCUAAGAUAACUGUGUCAUCCGCAUAUCUAAUAUUGUUAAUGGGAACUCCGUUCACCUUUAUUCCAGCUGUUUGACAGUGAAGAGCUUUUUUCAAGAUCUCUUCCGAGUAGACAUUAAAAAGAAUUGUCGACAUUAAGCAUCCCUGUUCACCCCACACCCCCUUCGUUAACACAUACUUUUGCUCACUGCUUAUAGUAUAAAUUCGAUAUGAUUCUAAGGUCAUUGUAGUCUCUCUUCUUUAAUUUCAGUACAUUUAUUAAUUGUUCAUAUCGCACUUUAUCGAAUGCUUUAUUAUAGUCAAUAAAACACUUCUCUCAGGUAUUAAUGAUGCUCUAGUAAAGAUCCAAACCUCUUACUGUAAGUUUUGAAUUUGAUAUUAUGUAUAUGUACCGUGGCCAGACGAAAAGUUAACUAGGUAGUAGUUAAAAAAAUAGUUUUUUGAAACAAAUUUAAUUUCUGAAGUAGUGGUUCAUCCUUUAUAGGACAAUUUUGGAAGUUUCCAAAUUAUCCUAUUUUCUGCUGUCGGUCUUUUCAUUCGAACCAAAAGCGCCAAAAAUUAAAUAUUUUCAUUAAAAAAAUGAAAGUUUGUCUGAAUAUAUGAGACUGUUAAAGAAAUUUAUGAUUUUGAGGUGGCAUAUCGUAGACCAUUUGGCACUAACGUUUUUUUAUUAUAUCAAGGGACGUCUUCACUCUUCACUUCACAAAAAAUUAGUAGUUUUAGUAAAAAUACUAAGUAAAUGAAUGAAAACUAAAAUCCAGGAUUUCAAACGUUCAUUUUGUGACAUCACGGCAUUGUUUAACUUAUUUGUAAGGUACCUAUAAAAUCAAGAAAAUCCUUAAGCUGGGGAAGUUUUCAGUGAUAUUCUGAAGAAUAUUCUCUCAGUCUUUAAUUACUGCAUCCUUCACUUGAUUUUGAUUGAUAUUUAGAGCUUUAUGAACCCGAAUGUCUCGUUCACGAUGGCUGAAUUAAUUUUCAAGUAGGCUUAGUUCAGGCAUGUUACGUGGCCAAUGUCCAGUUUAGAAAAAAUAACAUUUAUGCAUACUACCUUGUCGCCGAAACAAUUGUUAUGAAGUUUUAUGAUAAAUUAAAGAAGACCAGUUUCCCGUUUUACUUUUCAUAUGGUGAAAAAUCAUUUUUGGAUACAAAGUACUACUGCAAACUACUACUAAUAAUGUAAAGACGUCCCUAGUUUAAUCAAGUCUGUGGUAAUUGUAAUGGGUUUUAUCAUUCGAAAUAAAAAACGCAUUUAUUGUUGUAAAUAAUGAAUGAGAAACUAUUAAGAUGUUUAGAUGACAUAUAUGUCUAAUAUUAAAUAUAUUUAAGAUUGAUGUAAAGAUAUAAUAAAUACCUACAAAGUUUAA